AUGUGCGUGGACUUCACCGACCUGAAUAGAGCCUGCCCGAAGGAUUGUUAUCCUUUCCCUCGCAUCGACAAGUUGGUGGAUUCAACUACGGGGUGCGAGAUUUUUUGCUUUCUGGAUGCUUUCAAAGGAUAUCACCAGAUAGCCCUAGAUGAGGAGGACCAAGAGAAGACUGCCUUUAUCACCGAAUACGGGACAUACUGCUACACCACCAUGCCAUUUGGGUUUAAGAAUGCUGGCGCGACCUAUCAGAGGCUGGUCAAUAAGCUGUUCAAAAAUCAGAUUGACCGAAACAUGGAGGUCUACGUGGAUGACAUGCUGGUGAAGAGUCGAACUCAGGAGCAGUUCAUCAAUGACCUCAGAGAAAUCUUCGAUAUCUUACGGAGCUCGCGAAUGCGGCUGAACCCCAAGAAAUGCACCUUCGGGGUCAGGUCGGGUAAGUUUCUUGGGUAUAUGAUAUCCAAGGACGGAGUGAGAGCCAACCCCGACAAGGUGAAGGCCAUUAUUGACAUGGCCCCCCCUCGAAACAUAAAGGAGGUCCAGCGGUUAGCUGGCAGGAUGGCCGCCCUAAGCAGAUUCUUGUCCAAGUUGGCAGUUCAGGGCUCACCUUUUUUCAAAGCAUUGAGGAGGGGUCCCCAUUUCGAAUGGACCUCCGAGUGCCAGAAAGCGUUCGAUGAGCUAAAAGCCCAUAUUGCUCGGCUGCCGGCCUUGACCUCCCCCACGCAGGGUGAAACUUUAUUUAUAUAUCUGGCGGUGGGGGAAGAGGCACUCAGUGCGGUGCUAGUUCGGGAGGAGGACAAAGUCCAGAAGCCCGUGUACUACGUCAGCCGAGCUCUGCAAGGGGCAGAGCCUAGAUACGCUGCGGUUGAGCGAUAUGUUCUAGCACUAGUUCACGCGGCCAGGAAACUCAGGUCGUAUUUUCAGGCUCACCCCGUGAUAGUAGUGACCGACCAACCCCUUAAACAAAUUCUCUCCAAACCUGACGCAUCGGGGAGGAUGAUGAAAUGGGCCGUGGAACUAUCCGAGUACGACCUAGGCUAUCAACCCUGUACGGCUAUUAAGGCCCAAGCAUUAGCAGACUUUAUAGUAGAGGGGGUCUCUUGCGGACAACAGGAAGUUCAGGCCAAGAUGACCAGAGACACAGCUGAGGCCGAGCAGGCCGGAGAGGCUGCCGAGGUCCCUCAGGCCACCAAGGCAUCCAAGGCCGGGCUGGCCAGAGACACAGCUGAGGCCAAACAGGCCAGAAAAACUGCCAAGGCCAGGCGGGCCACCAAUAACGAGUCUGAAUAUGAAGCCCUGAUUGCGGGGAUAAUGAUUGCUCGAAAAUUGGGGACCGAAUCAAUUGAGGUUUACAGCGACUCGCAACUGAUAGUAAAUCAAGUGGGGGGAAACUAUGAAGUUAAGGAGGAACCACUAAGAAGGUACGUCGCCAAGGUGCAUGAGCUGAGAACUCAGUUCAAACUGUUCACGCUAAAACAAGUCCCGCGAAGCCAAAAUAAGAGAGCGGAUGCACUGUCUAAACUAGCUUCCACCUCGUCAGGAACACUGAAUAAAGAAGUGCUAGUGGAGGUCGUCAGAGAUCGGGCGUAUGAUCAGGUGGACGCGGCAGUUAUCCAAAUUCUGAGCUCAUGGAUGAAUCCCCUUGUGCGGUACCUAGCCAAUGGAGAGCUUCCCUCUAGUAAGGUAGAGGCACGCAAGAUUCUCCUCAAAUCGCGGGGGUAUGUGCUAACGGAUGGAGUGCUCUAUAGGAAAUCCUACUUGCGUCCAUGGCUGAAGUGCGUGACGUCAGAGGAAGGAAGCUACAUCUUGCGCGAACUGCAUGAGGGUCUCUAUGGAAACCACGUCGGCCCUAGGAUGUUGGCCAAGAAAGGGAUGCAGUCCGGGUAUUACUGGCCCACUAUUUUUCGGGACUCAGCCGAACUGGAAGCGCAUUGCAGGUCGUGCCAACUGCACUCCCCAGUCCAUCACGCCCCGACCCAGGAGAUGAUUCCGCUCCAAAGCCCUUGGCCGUUCUUUCAGUGGGGCGUCGAUCUGCUGGGUCCAUUCCCCCGAGCUCCUGGGGGUUAUGAGCAUGUGAUAGUGGUCGUUGACUACUUCACCAAAUGGGUAGAAGCUGAGCCGCUCAACAGCAUCAGCGGUAGGUCGGUCCAAAAGUUCCUUUGGAGGAACCUCGUUUGUCGAUUCGGUAUACCUCGGGUUCUGGUCUCGGACAACGGUCGCCAGUUCGCUGACAGUUUCCUCCAAGGUUGGUGCGCGGAGCUCGGGAUCAGGCAGCACUUCACCUCGGUAGGUCACCCCCAAGCCAAUGGUCAGGUAGAAAACGUCAAUAAAACCAUUCUGCACGGCUUGAAGACUCGGAUAGAGUCUGCUCAGACUGGAUGGAUAGACGAGCUGCCUACAAUACUAUGGGCAUACCGAACCACUCCUCGAACUGCCACCCAGGAGACUCCUUUCGCCCUUACUUACGGGGCAGAGGCCGUGAUUCCGGCGGAGAUCGGUGUUCCCUCAAGCAGAGUUCAGAAUUUUAUAGUUCAGGACAACGAGGACGAGCUACGGCUAAGUUUGGAUCUGCUCGAACAAAGGAGGGAUGAGGCAGCUAUACGCAUGGCUAAAUACAAGGGACAGGUCACGCAGCACUACAAUGCCAGGGUGAGACACUUAUACUUCAAACCGGGGGACCUAGUCUUACGAAAGAAUAGCGUAAGUCGAGCCCGGGGUACGUCUAAGCUGGAUCCUAACUGGGAGGGCCCCUAUGUGGUGAAGGAGGCAGAUCGAGCUGGAUACUAUAAGUUAGCGCACCUCAGCGGGGAAGAAGUCCCGCGUACUUGGCAUAAUUCCAACCUGAGGAUUUUCCGUUAG